GUGUGCCAAACAAUGUCAAGUUGCCUUGUAUGAAUUGUCACUGUCACAUUUGAUUCUCUUUUCUGUCAACUGUUUUGUUAGGCAGGUUUAUUCAAAAUGGCAAAACGUACGAAAAAGGUUGGAAUCACUGGCAAAUAUGGUACACGUUAUGGUGCCUCCCUACGUAAAAUGGUUAAAAAGAUGGAAGUGACCCAACACGCCAAAUAUACUUGCUCUUUCUGUGGAAAGGAUGCCAUGAAACGCAGCUGUGUUGGUAUCUGGUCAUGUAAGCGUUGCAAGAGGACAGUUGCCGGUGGUGCCUGGGUGUUCUCGACGACUGCCGCGUCAUCCUGCCGCUCUGCUGUCAGGAGGUUACGUGAAGUCAAGUAAACACUAGGAUAAGGCAAUAAACUAAUUCACAAAA